CUUGAAGACAAGAACCUCACACAACUUGUUGAUGUUGGUGGUGGUUUGGGAGUGACCCUUAAUCUGAUCACAUCUAGAUAUCAACAUAUAAAGGGUAUCAAUUUCGACUUGCCCCAUGUCGUAAAUCAUGCCCCUUCCUAUCCUGGAGUGGAACACGUUGGAGGAGACAUGUUUGCUAGUGUUCCAAGUGGUGAUGCCAUUUUUAUGAAGUGGAUACUUCAUGAUUGGACCGAUGAGCACUGCCUAAAGCUGUUGAAGAAUUGUUACAAAGCUAUUCCAGACAAAGGAAAAGUGAUUGUUGUGGAAGCACUUCUUCCAGCUAUGCCAGAGACUAGCACUGCUACGAAAACCACUUCCCAACUUGAUGUGGUGAUGAUGACUCAAAAUCCGGGAAGGAAGGAGAGGAGUGAACAAGAAUCCAUGGCCCUGGCAACUGGUGCUGGAUUUAGUGGCAUCAGAUAUAAAUGUUUUGUCUGUAACUUUUGGGUUAUGGAGUUCUUUAAGUAACCAAGGCAUAUGAAAACUUACACACUAAAAUGAAGGUGUUAAGUCUCCAAGCCUAAUAAAAGACUGGCAAAUGUUUCUUAUCUAUAAGCAAGAAAAUAUUGAAGACUCAAGAGUACUGCACAUAAAGUCUGCAGAUUAUUUUACUCAACUCUGUGGAACACUCUGCUCCAUAAACCCUA